UGAUUAAUGUGUUGUAUUUAAUUACAAACAACGUUAUAAAGUUACAAGGGCAAACACAGAACAAAACAAACAACAACAACACCACAUAAACAUUGGUAUAAAAUAUCUAUUAUCAUGAUUAGGGGUGUUACGGUUAGGGUAAUUCAAUGACCUCAAAGCGGACUGUGAAGGUGGUUGAACUUCAAGUUCUAACGUUACUCACAUGUUUGGUUUCCUGAGGUGAAUUUAUCUACAUCGAUGGAUAAAUAAAUUAAAAAUUGGAUUAGAGGAUGAAAGUGCUUCCUACUAGUUUCCAAGUGGAUGACUUUGAACAAGAAGAGCCUCUUUGCUAUUCAUUAAGUUAAGAGCUACAUGGCUGAUGCACCGGAGAAGCAGGAUGAAGCUGGCUUUACACUGACACACCCCCAACAUGUUUUUACUGGAGGUGGGAUUGGCAGGGCUUUUCUAAUAAAUAGAAGAUUUGGGAAGGCUUAAGUGUCAGAGAUAUUAAAGCAGAGGUGAUCGCCAACCAGAAGCAGCACUGAGAUCAACCGGAAACAACAAUGGCUUAUCUGUCUGAAGCACAUAGAUUUUCUCAUGUGAAGCUGUGUUGUGUGACUCUGGCUGUUUGGUUGUGUGUUGGAUGUGAUGCUGAGGCUUCUGUGCUCAACCUGAAGCGUUUUAUUGGCUGUGCAGUGCGAGAAUUCACAUUUCUGGCUCGUAAGCCAGGCUGCGGUGGAAUGCACAUAACCACUGAUGCCUGCUGGGGGCGCUGCGAGACCUGGGAAAAACCCAUUCUGGACCCACCCUUCAUUGAGUCGUACCAGCGUGUGUGUACUUAUAAUGAGACCCGAUUAGUGACGGUACAGCUGCCAAACUGCUCAGCCCAGGUGGACCCGUACUACACCUAUCCAGUAGCCCUCCGCUGUGACUGCGGUGUCUGUCUCACCAGCACCACCGAGUGCAUCACCUCUGUCUAAAACUCAGAAGAAAUCAACUUCACCUUCGGUUUGUCUGCAACAAUGGAAAAGUUUAACAUUCGCUUUCAAAUGUGGCUCUUUUUC